CGUACAUUCCGGCUAAACAUAAAGUUACAAGGCGUCUGCUGUUGUCGCUCUUGUUUCGGAAGAUAAACAGAUGAUAAGUGAAAGCCACAGAACCUGGAUAAAAAAAGGAGAGAGAAACUUCAGUUAGAAGAUGACAAGAUUUUGUGACAAGAAGGAGAAGAAGAAGAAAGCCAACUCAUCAGCUAAAUAAGUUCAGUUGCAAACAAUUUUUUUUAAAUAUGCCUAUUAGCAGUAGGGUGCUUGCUUGGAAUUUCAUCUCAUAAGGUAAAUACUGGCCGGCCUUUCAGGCUCCCUGCAAUUUCAGUUUUUUCAAGUGAAUUUUCCUUUUGAUACAGCAGAAUAAUUAAUAUCUCUCUCAAAAUGUAUUCAAGCAGAAAAGUAUUGUGCACACAUUGAUAACAGAAGCAUCAAAUAAAGCAAAUGCGAAAGAAGGAAGUGAAGCAAGGGCCUCCACAACACAUGAGCAAUUCAUCAUGGAUUCUACAGGAGGAGAUGUAGGAGCCACUCUGUCUGGAGAAAUAUGUAUCAAAGAAGAGCCUAUGCAGAUAUCAGCUGACACAUGCGGGAGACCAUCAGAAGAAACUGAACAGAACAACACUAAAGAAGAAACUGUUAUAUCAGCUGACACAUGCGGGAGACCAUCAGAAGAAACUGAACAGAACAACACUAAAGAAGAAACUGUUAUAUCAGCUGACACAUGCGGGAGACCAUCAGAAGAAACUGAACAGAACAACACUAAAGAAGAAACUGUUAAAAUGGAAAUUCCUGAAGUUCUUACCAUACGUGAUUUCAAAUUACAUGUUAAGAGAAAGGUUGGAGCAAAAAACGAAGCCAAAAGAGUUGAUUUGGUUAGGCCUGUCCAAUCACGUUCACAUUUGACUCCAAAAAAGAGGAAAUGGGAAGAGAGGUACAGCUUAGAGGAAGCAGCAUAUGAAAUUAUUAGAAGAGAGUAUGCUCGAGUGAAAUCUGAUGAAUAUUCACACUUUGGCAGAUUAAUUGCACAGAAAUUGAGGCGGCUCAAGUCUGAAAGGUUAAAAAAGGUGGCACAAGUGGAGCUCCUAAGGAAAUUAUUAGAAAUUGAGAGAGAGGACAUGGAGGAAGACAAUCGUUAAUGUGGACGAUACUUCCUUUACUGUAAUGAUAGACUGUGUGUUGUAUGAGGUAUCCUAAUUUAUUUUAUUUUUUAUGUUUGUAAAAAAAUCUGUAUGUGUAUAUGUUGUUGAAAUAAUGUUUUUAUGAAAUAAAGUAGGAGUUACCUAAUCAAAGCUAA